AUGUCGCCUCCUUCGGCCCAUUAUAUCCCGGUCGGCUGUCUCGGUGUCCCCAGAUCGGAAAUCAAGCUGGAGGAAUCGCUAUGGCAGAUGGAUGACACUACCUGGAAGGCUUGUGUGCGUCCUAAGAAGCAGAGCGCGGGCAGAACGCUCGAUGAUGCAUCGCAAAACGCAGUCGUCGUCUCAGCUCUCCAGGAUGCCUUCCUUAACCCCACCACUAUGCAAAUUUGUUCGUACCUCUUUCGUGACAACUUGGCAGAGUUUGAAUAUAGAGUCUUGCCUCAAUUCGAUUACAUGGUAGUUGUGCGAGUCUAUCUGCUUGCCGAUGACGCCCUGAGAGGAUCUAUUAACCGGUCUCAAUUCAACCUAUGCAAACUCCGCGGAUACAUUCUGGAAGCACUAGACUGCACUGCUCGAGCUUGGUCGGGAGAGGAGGCGCCUCAUGCUGGUCUAAAGAGCCCCAUUGAGAAGAACACCAUGGGAGAGACCGAGUCGUCUCUGCUAAAGUUGUUCAACGAUAUUCCAUCGCCAGUACCCGACCCCUCCAUCAUCAGCGACCCGUUUUUGAAGAAUGUUGCGACCAACGUUCUCCAGGGCAAUAUACCCGGUCUUAAAUCGGAUCUUCUCCCGCACCAAAGGCGAUCAACGGCAUUGAUGAUUCAGAAAGAAGUCUGCCCCGGCACUGUGCUUGAUCCGCGGCUUUCGCAACUGCUUGAUCGAAAUGGCCGCUCUUGGUACUUGGAUCCCGUGGCGAGAAGCAUCUUUCGAGACGCGAAAUACUACGAUGGCGUGUCCGGCGGAAUACUGGCGGAAGAAAUGGGAACAGGCAAAACAAUCAUGUGUCUUGCGCUUCUAUUGGCGACGCGAGGCUUCCCCACGGAAGCUCCCGAAGUCUAUUGGAGGCCAGCGGUGCCGGUGCGGAAGUCAGUUGGAUCACUGAUGGAUAUGGCAGCUGCCUGCGCAACUCGAACGUCUCAGCCUUGGAUGAACUAUUUCGGUUCCACUAAAAAGAAGGAUUAUCACGGAACUGCCAUUGCCAAAGCGUUUAGGCAGAAUCCCGACUUUUACAUCCGACCCAACGCCUUGCCGAGAAGACGUUCAUGGGGGGAGACGACGGGUGAGAUCGACCCAGGGGGAAAGAAGAUUUACCUCAGCAAUACUAGCUUGGUCAUCGUACCCGACAACUUGCUUUCACAAUGGGAACAAGAAAUUGAAAAGCACACGGAAGGUCUCGAGGUUCUGGUGCUGACCAAGACCGACCGCAUCCCUGAUGUUACAACUCUACUGGGAUACGACAUUCUACUGUUUUCCCUGUCACGUUUUCAGAGUAUCGCUAGGGAUGGGGACACCUCUGUGACACCUCUCACAAAGAUACACUUUAAACGCUGCAUCGUCGAUGAAGGCCAUGUUCUGGGCAAUUCGAAAGUGAGCCAGAAAAGCUGCCUGCUGGAGGGUGUUGACGCGCUGCACUUGACUUCGCGCUGGAUUGUGACUGGAACUCCAUCCCGUGGCUUAUACGGCUUAUACGACCUGCCCGACUUGUACGGGACUAAUAGACAAGUAUCCGGUGACAGUGCUGCAAGUUCUGUGAGCGUGCCUCGUGGCCAGAGGAAUCGCCAAUCUUUGCUGGAUCAGUCGUCGACGGAACUGGAGCGUAAGGAUGUCGAACGCCUGGGAGCCAUCGCCGCACUGUAUCUGAAAGCACGCCCAUGGGCCAAUUCGGCUUCAGAAACUGAAGACACGUUGGCGAGGUGGACAAAGUAUCUCUAUCCAGCAAAGAAUGGCCCUGAUGCGGCCGGACGAUGGAACUGCCUCAAACUGACGAUCAAUUCGCUCAUUGUACGUCACCAGCUGCACGAAGUCGUUGACCAGCUGCCCCCUGUGGACGCCAAGAUUGUGCUGCUUGACGGAUCUUUCCAAGACAUGCUGUCUCUCAACAUUUUCGCCAUGAUGAUUAUUUUCAACGCGGUCCAGUCGCAGCGAACGGACGAGGACUACUUUUUCCACCCCAGACAACGGAAGAGCCUGCUUCAAAUUGUACAGAACUUGAAGCAGUCAAGCUUCUUUGGCGGGUCAUUCUUUAAUGCAGAAGAGAUCGAAACGGCUGUGAAGACUGCCGAAGAAUUUUUAGUAAAGAAGGAGGUCAAGACAAGCGCCGAGGAUGAGGCGCUUCUCAAGACGGCCAUUGACUUUGGCCACCUCGUCUUGACAAAUAAGCUCCGCAGCCUGAGCUACCAAUUUCACGAAAUGCCAGUUUGCGUCACCGGAUUUCCCGGAGCCGCUGGAAAGCACUGGUCUUUAGACGGGGAGGAAAAUGACCAGGUUUGCACGUCUGCCAGAAUGAUGCUUGCUCUUCAAAAAUUGCUUUACAAAGCUGCCAGUCAUCCACAGCAGCUCAAUUACUUACUCAACGGCGGCUUGGUGCAAGAAGGAAUGCUGGAAAGAGAAAAGGCGCGUGCUGAAGCUGCAUCUACUGGGGCCACUUCGAAGAAGCGUAAUACACCGGAAAUCUUGGCUGGCAACACAAAGCUAGGUGACGACAGCCCCAAGAAGAGCCGAUCUCAUGGGAUUACUGGCGCUGACCCGGCGCCGGUGCUCACCGAUCAAGCAUUCUCUGCCGCCUUGGCCAAGACAGAACUUGUGUCGACGGUCUCUGCAAAGCUUUCGUAUCUCAUUGAUGGCAUUGUAAAGUACCAAAAGGACGAAAAAAUCAUCAUCUUUUAUGAAAAUGAGAAUGUUGCUUGGUAUCUGGCCAGCAUCUUGGACAUGCUCCGAGUCAAGCACCUCAUUUAUGCGCGAGGGAUCGAGGUGAAGAAGCGCGCGCAGUACAUUCGCAUGUUUGAUGACGACGAGACAUUCCGAGUGCUUCUGAUGGACCUAUCCCAGGCUGCUUACGGGCUGGACAUGCACGUCGCCUCGCGGGUGUACUUUAUCAACCCCGUGCUGGAUCCGCAGGUGGAAAGCCAGGCGAUUGCUCGCGCGCGGCGCAUCGGGCAGCACCGGCGCGUCUCGGUCGAGACGCUGGUGCUCAGACACAGCAUCGACGAGGUCAUUCUGGAUCGCAAGCAGCACAUGACGCAGGCGGAGCAUAGCAGCGCAAAAACGAUUCUGGACGUGACUCUGAUCAACAACUGGAUCCAGAAUGCCAAGAUUGUGCCUGUGGGAGACGCCGGCCACGGCCACGCCGGGCAGAUGGUGUCGCUGGCGACGCCGCUGCUCGUGUUUGGCAAGGGAUCCGGCCGCCUGGCCAGCCCUGAUGCUGUAACUUGUAGGGAACAGACGCCGGCGACUCCCGCAGCAUGGCCGCCCCAAGCCGCGACGACGCCGCCGAGCGGACAAAAGCGUGAACGGGCCGACAGUGACGCCACGCGGGUGGCCAUCAUGGUGUCGAGACCGGCACAACGUGUACGAUUCAUAGACGAUUCUCCUUUCAACUGA